AUGGAGGUGGUGCUGUGCAGCAGGAGACGACACUGCACGGUAGGAGAAGAAGAAGGGGGAAAGAGGAAGGCGCGGGGGAAAAAUGAGGGAGGCGAGCUGGGGGCUCGAGGAGGUGGCAGAGGGGAGGUGGUCGACGGCUAUGGGAAGCUAGAUCUGAUAGCAGGGGAAAGAAGGGGAUCGAAGGCAGUCAGAAGGAGGUGGGCUGGGGGCUCGAGGAGGCGAUCGGGGGCUCAGAGAGGCAGGAGAAGGUCGGGGGCUCUCGAUCGAGGGCUCGAAGAGGUGGGAGAAGGUUGGGAGAUCUCGAUCGGGGGCUUGGAGAGGCGGUCGAGGGAUCGAAGAGGCAAGAGGCAGUCGAGGGCUUGGAGAGGCAAGAGGCGGUCGGGGGCUCGUGGUCAAGGGCUCUCGAUCAAGGGCUCAGGGAGGCGGGAGGUGACCAGGGGCUUGGGGAGGCAGAAGGUGGCCGGGGGCUCAGGGAAGUGGUCGGGGGAUUGGGGAGGCGGGAGGCCAGGGGCUCUCGAUCGAGGGCUCAGAGAGGCAGGAGGUGGCCAGAGGCUCUAG